AUGUCGCGAGAGGAGGAAUCCAGAAGGGCGGAGUCGGAGCUGAACAAGCUCAGGAAGUUGCCAGAGAAUAAAAAAUGUGCGAAUUGCUUUGCGCCUGGAACUCCAGCAUUGACUGCUGUAGUGGUGCCCUUCAAGAUCUUCGUUUGCAGCAACUGCAAAUCUGCCCACCAGGCAUUCUCGCAUAGGUGCAAGAGCACACAAAUGAGCUUGUGGACUAUGGACGAGGUCCGUGCACUGGAAGAGAGACAUGGGGGGGGCAACAAGGUUGCACAGGACACGUUCCUGGCAGGCGUAAGAGAUGAGGACAGACCGCGAGAAGGAGAUAGUCUGGAUCGAUGUAAAGAAUUUGUGAAGAGAGCCUACAUCGACAAGUUCUGGUCGCAAGGCGAUCGAGUCAGGGAGGCGGCACAUCAAGAGAGGAGGCCGAGCACAACUGCAGCAUCCGCACCCCAAUCACAACUCGAGUCCCAGUCCCGUGGAUCCGGCAUGCGCAGGGAUGCAAAGCCAACACCCGCACCGCAAAGCGUCGACCUUCUAUCUGACUUUGAUCAUCCAAGUGCAGCUCCACAACAGAAGCAGCAGUCCCAGCAGCCUCACCAGACGAAGCCCCAGCAGCAGCUGGAUACAGGAUUUGAUCCAAGCGCCACUGCCCCCCAGACUAGCCAAAGUUCGCUAGGGACGGACUUCCUUGGUUUCGACCCCUUUGUAAGUGGUGAGCGCAGCGAUCUUCUUCCAGCCGCGGGUGCUGCUCCGACUGGCCCAUCACCUUUCAACACUCAGAUGCCAUGUGCCCCAGGCACCCUCAACGGGCCAGAGCAGAGUUGUGGCGUGUCAUGCGUACCUAGCUUGCCAGGCAUGACACAGUCCAGCUUCGGGAGCCCUUGUUCUGGUGCAGGGUGCGGAGGCUGUGGAGGCUGUGGAGGUUGUGGCAUGCAGCCCGCUGGCAAUGGCUGCGGCUAUGGCGGCUGUGCCUGCGGUGGUGGCGGGUGCAGCUGCAGUGGCUGUGCCGGCAGCGGGUUUGGCUGUUGCGGCUGCGGCGGUUGCGGCGGCUGCGGCGGCUGCGGCGGCUGCGGCGGCUGCGGCUGCGACGGUUGCAGCUGCGGCGGUUUCGGCUGUGGCGGUUGCGGCUGUGGCGGCUGUGGAUGUGGUGGCUGCGGCUGCAGUGGCACUGGGAAUUUUGCUGGCUGCGGUGGAUGUGCUGGCUGUCCCAGUGGCGCUGCUUUUGGUACAUCUGGCUGCAGUGCCGCUUGCCUAGGUGGCUGCGCAGGCUGUCCUGGUUGCGGCGGAUGUGGCAUUUCCGGGUGUGGCGCUUGCGGAGCCUGUGGAGGUUGUGGAUGUGGCUGCGGCCCUCCUUUGAAUGGCUUUGGCUGUCACGGACAAGGUUAUGGCUUGCAAGGCCAAGGGGCUGGCUGCAAUGGCCUGCACCCUGCCAGUAGCCCUAGCAAUGGCAACAGCUUCGGCUUUAACCCGAACGGGAGCAACAUGUUCGCGCAAGGGAGCAAUGGGAACAUGAAUGGGGGCCUGGGAAGCACUCCAUCGAAGUCACCUCCGACUUUGGCAGACCUGAAGCAAAACUUGCACCAGCUGUAUGCAUCCUGA